AUGCCGUUCUGGCCAUAUCCCGACAACGCAAAUCUCGAAUGUCAGAGCAAGCCCAUCGGCGAAGCGAAAGAAGGCGAAUCGAGACCUUAUGGGAAUGCGUACUGGGACCGGUCCGUCUUGUUCGCUCCUGGUCAGCCGAGGUCUCUCUACGAGCUCUUUGAGCAGACCGCGACGGAGUACCCUACAAGAGACUGUCUAGCCUAUCGCGCUGUCCUGACCCCCGCUACAUCCACCAAACCCGCUGUCUUGGCAAACACCCUCACAGGUAUUUCCUAUUCAACUGUUCAAAUACGUCGAAAUGCCAUUGGAUCCGCCCUCUUAGCUCUUGAACGAGCUGGCCGUCUCUCAUCCCCUGAGAUGCCUGCGAAUCGUCAGACACCUGUUGAAAUUACGUUUCCCAACGUCCCUCAUUAUGGCAGUUCCAACCGUCUCAAGGGAGGCGCCAGGCGCGGUUGGGGUGUUGGUCUCUGGUCAAAGAAUCGACCGGAAUGGCAAUUGAUAGAUAUGGCAACGCAUGCGUAUGGACUCGUCGGUGUAAGCUUGUACGAGACGCUGGGUCCAGAUGUCGCGACGUACAUAACCAACCAUUGCCCUCUGUCUGUCAUCUUUGCCGAGGCAUCAAAACUUCCUGCGUUGCUCAAGAUGGCCCCUAGGUGUCCUUCACUUCGCGUCAUCGUCUCCAUCGAUCCGAUCUCAGUCGCUGAACGCAAUGUUCUCAAUCAAUGGGCGUCGACAGUCAACCUUGAGCUCUUGGUUCUUGACGAGCUUGAAACGUGGGGAUCCACUGAAGAGAUCCAUAUUCCACCUGGACCGGUCAAUGGAGUGGUGGGAGAGGACGAAAUGGACAAAGAUAGAAUUCUCACGAUCUCGUACACAAGUGGGACGACUGGCGAUCCCAAGGGAGUGGUCUUGACAAACAUUAAUGUCACCUCUGCUGUGAUUUCGAAUGGAUUCGGCGUAUCUCAGGACAAAGACUCUAGAUGGGGAACAGGGGAUGAAUGGCGGUAUAUGUCGAUUCUGCCCUUGAGUCAUAUCUACGCUAGGUUCCUCGAAAUGGUCACUGUCUCCGGGUUCGGCACCAUCUGCUAUACCACGGGUGAUCCUCUGAGGUUGGUAGAAGACGCUCAGAUCAUCAAGCCAAAUCUAUUCUGUGUCGUCCCGCGGAUUCUCAACAAGAUCUACGCCGCUAUCACUGCUCAAAUGAAUGCCGGUGGACUGAAAGGUGCCCUAUUGAGACGAGCGGUAGCGGCGAAAAAGCAACGGCUAAAGGAGACUGGAGACAAUACACAUCGAUUAUGGGAUCGAUUGAUCCGAGCUCUUCUUGGAGGCGAAGUCAUCUAUAUCUCUUCCGGUGCUGCUCCGCUAUCUGUCGAGGUUCACGAGUUUAUGAGAAUCUGCUUCUGCUGCGACGUCGUUCAAGGCUGUGGGAUGACAGAGACCAUCGGCACGAUGGGCAAGGCAGUCCCGUGGGAUGCAAAUGCACCCGGCACCUGUGGUCAGAUUCAGCCAUGUCUAGACGUGAAACUGGUCGACGUUCCGGAGAUGGGGUAUACCCAUAACGAUUCUCCGAACCCGCGUGGCGAAAUCUGCGUGCAAGGCUCCAAUGUCACCCCUGGGUACUUGCACGACCCUGCCAAUACCGCCAAGACGAUCGACAAGGACGGAUGGCUUCACACGGGAGACGUCGGCGAGAUUGACAGCGCGGGUCGUCUCAAGAUCAUUGACCGGAUCAAGAAUGUCGUGAAGCUCAGUCAAGGGGAAUACGUCGCUCUUGAAAAGCUGGAGGGAGCCUAUUCUCUCGAUCCCAUUUUGGCGGGACUCAUGGUCCAUGCCGAUCCAACUCAAUCGUAUCUCGUCGCCUUGGCUGUGUUGGACCCGUCGAAAGCAUCUGAAUUGAUCACCCGUGUCUGUGGGAAGACCAUCCCCGCGACGAAUCUACAGGAGCUCGAGGAGGCCGUCAAGAAGCCAGAAGUCAAGCAAGCAGUCCUGGACUCAUUUAGAAAGAUUGCAGUGAAACAAAUGUUCACAGGCUUUGAGCACGUCAAGGGCAUUUAUCUGACUUUGGAGCCAUUCCCCGAAUCGUUGUUAACGCCGACAUUCAAGCUCAAGCGGAACCUCAUUGCGAAGCACUACAAGGCACAAAUUGACGAAAUGUUCGCUUCUGGACCAAGAGAGACCGGUGCCUCGGCCUUUGCAAAGCUGUAA